GAGCGGAGCGGAGCGGAGCCGGGCUCUCCUCAGCCGGCCAGGGCGGGGCUUGCUCGCCGUCCCCGAUCCCGGCGGAGAGGCCCUUACGUGUUGCCAUGGCCGAGGGGGCCGCGGCGGCCCCGGCGUGCUUCAGCGAGGACGAUUUUUACUGCCCGGUGUGCCAGGAGGUGUUCAAAACGCCCGUGAGGACCGCCAACUGCCAGCACGUGUUUUGCAGGAAGUGCUUCUUGACAGCUAUAAGAGAAAGUGGAACACACUGUCCUCUCUGCCGGGGGAGCGUGACUAAAAAAGAAAGAACGUAUCCCAAAAGGGCUCUAGAUGUUGAAAACAGUAUGAAGAAAGCUUCUGGGGGCUGUAGAUGCUGUGAGAAGCAGGUUAGAUUUUCAUGGAUGAGACAGCAUUAUAAAACGUGUAAGAAGUAUCAGGAUGAAUAUGGUGUUCCUUCAAUUAUUCCAAACUUACAGAUAUCCCAAGAUGCCACAGGGAACAGUAGCAGGAGUGAUGCAAUAUCUGAUACUGGCGAGAUGGCUAAUAAUCAAAUAUUUCAAGGAGAAUCAAGUGGACACCCAACCUUCAAAUGCCCCCUGUGUCAGGAAGCAAAUUUUACUAGACAGCGCUUGCUGGAUCACUGUAAUAAUAGACAUCUUUAUCAGAUCGUUCCUGUGAUCUGUCCUAUUUGUGUAUCUCUUCCUUGGGCAGAUACUAACCAGGUUACUAGAAAUCUUGUUAGCCAUCUAAAUCUAAGACACCGGUUUGACUACGGAGAAUUUGUGAAUCUUCAGCUUGAUGAAGAAGCCCAAUACCAAAAUGCAGUUCAAGAAUCCUGUCAUGUGAACUUCUAAAGUAGAGCCCCCUUCACUUUCAUACUGGUUAUCAGAGAGAAAAGUUGUUUUAUUCUGUUGGCGAUUCAAAGGGUAUAUUAAUAAAAACAUUUCGUACCCAC